CAUCAUUAACCUAGGAGAAUCGGGCCCCAGGGUAAUAUAAUAAAAGAUUUCGCAAUCCUUACAAAUCUGCAAAACCUAUCUUUGAAGGUAAGUAUUUAUAAAUCUAUAAAGGUAAGUCCUUAUCUCUAUACUUGUUGAUUGAUACUACACUUGAUGCAAUUCUAAUAAGUAGUAACUAACAGUUGCUUAACAAUCCACAUGGAAAUGUAAUAGUCUAAUCAAAAGUUAGUGCAAGUGUGCGAAAUAUUUACAAAAUGUGUCGGAUGCUAGUGAAAAUAAUUUUGUGUGCAGUUAACUUAAUAUUUGCGAUUAUCGGGCUAGGCCUGAUUGGUGUUGGAAUAGCAUUUUUUUACUACAUGGACCAAAUACCAAAAGAAAUAUCCGUAAUAAUAAACUUGGAUUACGUUCCUUACGAAGCCAUUGCUGUAGGAAUUUUCGUAUUCCUUAUUGCUUCUUCCGGAUUCUUUGGAGCAAUUGCUGAACAAACAUGUCCACUUAUAACUUAUUCUGUAUUUAUGGGAUUUUUCGCAGCCACAAAGAUGGCUAUUAUAAUACUAUUGGUAAUCAAAUUGCCUGAUUUCACGAAUGAAGUGAAAGCUGAAGUAAACAAUACUUUCGUGGAGCCCGCUCACAACAUGACAUUCCACGUCAUCGAAAUAUUGUUGCAAUGCUGCGGUACAACAGGACCAGAUUCUUAUGAAAACGACUAUAAUUUAGUGCCCGUAUCAUGCUGUAAGGAUCCUCAAGAGCAAACUGAAUUAUUUUGUUCCAAAGAAGACGCCUUCGAAAAAGGAUGCACGACUAUGAUAGCAGAAUACUUCAAUACUUAUGUGACUUAUUUUGGAUAUGGAUUAAUAGGAAUGAUGGUUUGGGAGUUACUGUCCACGAGCUCUUCAAUUUAUAUUUUGACUACUGCAAGAUCGAAAUUUUUCAGUUAAUAUUGAAAUAACAUGUUAGUUUGUUUUAAUCGAAUUUUUCUGCUCAUGACUUUUAAUUAAGUGAUUGCAGAGAAACUUUUUCAAAACUAUUGUUUAAAAGUUAAGAUCCUUUGUUAUUUUAAAUUCUAUACUAUUUAUUAAAGUUAUAUAAACAAC